AUGCUCAAAGUUGGAUUUAUCGGAGCUGGUAAAAUAGCUCAGGCUCUUGCAAAAGGAUUCAUAUCAGCAGGUUUGACAAAAGGUGAAAAUAUAAUAGCAAGCAGCGCACCGCAGGAUAAACCAUGCAUAGAAGCAUUUCAAGCAAUGGGUGCGAGUGCAUAUUUCGACAAUAAGAUAGUCGUUGAAAAAUCAGACGUUGUACUCGUGGCCGUUAAACCACACAUAGUACCCACAGCCCUCUCGGAAGUCAAAUCCGUCGUCACUCCGAAACAUUUGAUUUUAUCCGUUGCCAUGGGUGUCACGCUCGAAGAUUUAGAAAAGAAUUUACCACCCAAAACAAGAGUCGUGAGAGUCAUGCCAAACACUCCUGCCAUGGUACAAAAAGGUGCAUCCGUAUACGUUCCAGGUACGUCGGCAACAAAAGAAGAUGGCCUAAUGACAAAAAAACUCAUGGAAGCCGUUGGUACUUGCGAAGAAGCCAUUGAAAGUUAUUUAGAUCCCGUAACUGCAUUGAGUGGUUCAGGACCUGCUUACGUAUACAUAAUGAUAGAAGCAUUAGCUGAUGGAGGAGUUAAAAUGGGACUACCGAGAGAUUUAGCAUAUAAAUUAGCAGCCCAAACCGUUGUCGGUGCUGGAGAAAUGGUUUUAACUACGAAAAUUCAUCCUGGACAAUUAAAAGAUGAAGUGACGUCACCCGCAGGUUCCACGGCGACCGGAUUACAUUUCUUAGAGAAAAAUAAUUUCAGAGCAGCAUUGAUAGGAGCCAUUGAAGCAGCUACACUAAGAUGUAGAGAACAAUCUAGAAAAAAUCAAUAG